UAGCCGCCCCACCAGCAUUAGGUAGCCGCCGCAUAAUCGCGAGCCCGGGACUAGACAGCCCACGGUGGCGGCCCGGGACCGGAAGCGGGUACGGAUGAGGUCAUUUCCGGCGGGUGACGGUGCGGACGGGUCAGAGGCGUAGAGGCGGCGGCAAAAUGGCGGCGCCUGAGGAGCGGGACUUAACCCAGGAGCAGACGGAAAAGCUGCUGCAGUUCCAGGAUUUGACUGGUAUCGAGUCUAUGGAUCAAUGUCGUCAUACCCUGGAACAACACAACUGGAACAUAGAGGCAGCUGUACAGGACAGACUGAAUGAGCAAGAAGGUGUACCAAGUGUCUUCAACCCACCUCCAUCCCGACCCCUGCAGGUUAAUACAGCUGACCACAGGAUCUACAGCUAUGUUGUUUCAAGACCACAACCAAGGGCAAGUUAUUUUGCAGCUGGGGAUAUUCUUUCUCCAUUUCACAAGGGAUUACUAGGAUGGGGUUAUUACUUGAUUAUGCUUCCAUUCCGAUUUACCUAUUACACAAUACUUGAUAUAUUUAGGUUUGCGCUUCGUUUUAUACGUCCUGAUCCUCGAAGUCGGGUAACUGACCCUGUUGGGGACAUCGUUUCAUUUAUGCACAUAUUUGAAGAGAAAUAUGGGAGGACACAUCCUGUCUUCUACCAGGGAACAUAUAGCCAGGCACUGAAUGAUGCCAAGCGAGAACUUCGAUUUCUAUUGGUCUAUCUUCAUGGUGAUGAUCAUCAAGAUUCCGAUGAUUUUUGUCGCAAUACUCUUUGUUCACCUGAUGUCGUUUCGCUCAUAAACAAUAGGAUGCUUUUUUGGGCAUGUUCCACAAACAAACCUGAAGGAUACAGGGUGUCCCAGGCUUUGCGAGAGAAUACAUAUCCAUUCCUAGCUAUGAUCAUGUUGAAAGAUCGGAGAAUGACGGUGGUCGGUCGGUUAGAAGGUCUCAUUCAACCUGAUGAUCUCAUUAACCAACUGACAUUCAUCAUGGAUGCAAACCAGACAUACCUGGUGUCUGAACGCUUAGAGAGGGAAGAGAGAAACCAGACCCAAGUGCUGAGACAGCAACAAGAUGAAGCCUACUUAGCCUCCCUCCGGGCUGACCAGGAGAAGGAACGGAAAAAGCAAGAGGAGCGUGAGCGGAAGCGACAAAAAGAGGAAGAAGUACAGCAACAGAAAAUGGCAGAAGAGAGGCGGCGACGGAACUUACAGGAGGAGAAGGAGCGGAAGUCAGAAUGCCUGCCACCUGAACCACCCCCCGAUGAUCCUGAAAGUGUGAAGAUCAUUUUCAAGUUACCCAAUGAUUCCAGAGUAGAGAGACGAUUCCAUUUUACACAAUCUCUAACAGUAAUCCAUGACUUCCUGUUCUCCUUGAAGGAAAGCCCUGAGAAAUUUCAGAUUGAGGCCAACUUCCCUCGACGGGUGCUGCCUUGCCUUCCUUCAGAGGAGUGGCCCAACCCCCCCACGCUGCAGGAGGCCGGACUCAGCCAUACGGAAGUGCUUUUUGUUCAGGACCUUACAGACGAUUGACGCUUUUGCCCUCAGCCCCAUACCCUCUAUCCCCAAAAGAAAACAAAAUGAAAAAAAGAGAAAUUCAUAUUAUUAUAAUACAAUAUUUUUUUUAAAAGACUGCUGCAUCCUAAGAGGGCAGGGGUGGGGGGGACUGGGGAUCAGAAACCAUGCUGCCUGUAUCAACCACAACCUGUGUGGUUCAUGAGAGAGGGAACCAGCAAGUGCGUCUGUUCUACAAUCCCACUGCUUCCCUCCUGCCUGUGUACCGAGCCCCUGCUUUCCAUUCACAGGGAGGGAUACAAGAGAGAAUGCCUCUUCUGAUCGACCCAUAACCCUUUUGGUGGGAUGGGACACUCCCUCAUCUGUUCUCAUUCUUUAUAGCUUUUAUAGAAAAAUAAUAAAACCACCAACAACCAACUAUAUCCCAUCGUCUACUGAAGAAUUGCUCCUCUUGCCUCUAUGGAGAGAGGAGAUUAAGGGAAGAGAAGGGAGAGACAGAGGUGUUGCUUCAACUUCCACUAUAUAAAAAAAUUUUUUUUUGUGUUGCUUUGUAAUGACCAAAGGAAUGGGGCCGGCAUUUUUUCCCUUGAUUUUAUUUGCUAAAGAGCCAAUCUUUACCAGAUAAAUUUUUGUCCUGGGUUUCUUAGCCUACAUAGUAUAAUAAAGACUCCAUGGGUUUGUGUUGA